CAUAAUAAGGUUUUACAUUAUUCAGACUAGCGAUACUUGGUGUGGGUGAGAAGUUCGUCAUUGCACGGCACUUAAAUUCAGUGAGACAAUUCAGUAAGUAUCCGAUGAACUUCACCAAAAUCGUAGUUUCCCAAGUCUGUUAAGGACACAUGUGGCGCUUUUGAGCAGCCUCUACCCAGUGGAAUUGUUUGGUUUCAAAUUGUCGGUGCCAUAUAUCAUAUUCUCCUGUGAAUCACUAUGAACUUGAAAGAGUACAAAGUCGUCGUUUUGGGUUCAGGUGGAGUUGGAAAAAGUGCACUUACAGUGAAGUUUGUCACAGGACAAUUUGUUGAAAAGUAUGACCCAACUAUAGAGGAUUUCUACCGAAAGGAGAUCGACGUUGACCACAAUCCCUCCAUAUUAGAAAUUUUAGACACUGCCGGCACUGAACAGUUCGCUUCCAUGAGGGAUUUGUACAUAAAAAAUGGUCAAGGGUUUCUUUUAAUAUAUUCUCUUUUAAACCGGCAAACGUUCACUGAUUUAAAGCCCAUGAGGGAUCAGAUACUGCGUGUGAAAAAUGCAGACAGUGUGCCACUGAUACUUGUUGGAAAUAAAAGUGACAUAUUUGACGAACGAGAAGUAUCUGCAAACGAAGCGAAGCUUCUAGCGGAAGAAUGGGGCUGUCCGCACUUUGAAACCUCUGCGAAGAACAACACCAAUGUUGACGAGGUAUUCACCGAGAUUGUUAGACGAAUGAAAACCACACAGAAAAGUUCUUCGAGUAAACGAGGUUGUUGUGUUGUUCUUUAACGGUCAUAGACACGUCGUCCAAGCGUCGCAGUCAAGUUUGGUAAGACAACAUAUAAUUCAAUUCGUCUUUAUCGUGGAAAAAGUGUGUGGACGUUAGGAGUCAGGAGUUAACCACAUAAUUUGCUGAUACACGAAUACAGGAGGUGGAAUAACUGUGAAGGACGCCAUAAUGUAAACUUUUUAGAGUAAGAGUGUCAAUUCUUUUCUUAUAUAUUUUUUUUAAUGUAAAUGACUUUUAAAAGAAUAGUUUCGAUGCACGUUUCUGAUAUUUUGUCAAUACGAACUAGUAGUUGCUUUCGCGAUUUUUGUAUGCAGGUCGUUUUGUUAUCAAAAGUUUGGGUCUGAUGUGAGUCUGAUCCGAGAGAACCAAAGUUUAACGGAUGUGUUCGAGUCCAUUAAUUUGGAAGUGUACGAGAGAAAAUACCUUUACCCACUAAUAACAUUACUGUAACGUAUGAAGUUUUUAAAUAAAAUUACACUAGGGAAGUUUU